UUGCAGUUCCAGUGAAAAUCUGACAGUUUUCUGUGCAGAUCAUAAACAUUGAGCGAUCUGACAGAUAGCAAGAAAAGGAAAACAAAUUUUAAGUGAGUACAUGAUCGUUUGAAGAUUAGUGCCCAGAAGUGUCAACAAAAAUGGACCAGACGGAACAGCAGUUUAGCCUAACUCUAUCGUCGGAGCCGUUCUGCACGUUCUGUCUGCGGGCGAGCCCGCCAAACGUGCAGCUGUACAAGUACAUCACGGGUGGGUUCGUCGAGCUGCGGCUGUCGUUUGAGUCGAUACUCGGGUACGAGUUCCAGCUGGACAGCUUUGCCAUCUGUAAGCCGUGCUGGAGCCUAGCACAACUGUUCCAGGACUUCCGAACGCGGUGUCAGAGGGCCAACGGGUUGCUGGAGCGGAUAGGUCAUGGGUUGAGGGGGGAGGGAGAUGACGGUUGGUUUGGGGAGCAGAACCUUGCGACCAUCGAGGGCAUCCAGAAGGUGAUUCAGGACCAGUUAGCACAGAUUGAGAGGGUUGAUGCAAAGGAGGAAGAUGUUCGGAUGUUUAAGACAGAACCGAAUGAGGCUGAUGUCCAGGAGUGCACUAAAGUUACGCGGGGAGAAACCAAAACAGCAGAAUCUAGUCAACAGUUGAGUCAGGACAAGAACAAGGACGUUCCUGCACCGGCAUUCCAUAUGGUAGAAAUUAAGGUUGAACAGCACGAUGAAGUGGACUCUGAAGAGAGUGACGAAGCGUCUAAAUCUGCAGCCCAACAAAAUGACGAGGUCACGGAAAAAAUGGAACAAACAACUCAAAAAAGUCCAAAUUCGUCAGUUGAAUCAGCUAAAGAGGACAAAGAAAUGGAGGUUGAAUCAGAGGGUAAAGGCAACCGAGAAUGCAAUGAACCCUCAGAGCUCGUGAAAUGUGAUAAAUGCGGCAGAAAGUUCGACAAAUUGAAAAGCAUGAAGCUGCACUCUAUGAACUGUGAUGGAACAUUACCGACCCGACUUUUAACUUGCGAGCUGUGUAAAGCCUCAUUUCUCGACCGCCGUCUUUUGAACACGCACAUGAACAAACAUGAAGGCAAAACUCCAUUCCCAUGUCGCAAGCUCUGCAAAGCGUCCUUCAUUUCCGCCCAGAUCCGCAACCGGCACGAGCUCACCUGCUGCAACGAUCGCCGCAAGUGCACGCUGUGCAAGGAAGUCCUGCCCGACCAGAUGCGCCUGUUUGCGCACUACAGGCUCGCGCAUCCGGGAGAGCUCCGCUAUCCGUGCCCGACCUGCCACAAACGCUUCAAACGCAGAGACGCCCUUGCGUCCCACGAGCGCAGACUCCACUCCGAAAGUCGCCCGAAAACCGAAGCCUGCCAAAUCUGCGGCAAGAUGUUCGCCGAGCUGAACGAUCUCAAGGGGCACGUCAAGCUGAUGCACGAGAAUCCGGGCGGAACGCGCGCCAAGCCGGCUCAGUGUGAAGUGUGCGGUAAGCGGUGCAGCAAGCAGAACUCGCUGAACAUGCACAUGGCCGCGGCACAUCCGGAGCAGACGACGGAGGCGAACCUGGAAGCGUAUAGGCGGAGGUGUGUGCUGAAUAUGGAGCGGAAGCGGAGGAAGAAGUUGGUGGAGCAGGGAUGGAGUCGGCGGAUUUUUAGCCCCAGUUGUGGUAUUAGUUGAGGGAUUCUGUGCUUAUUUUUGUUGAUUUAAAAAAUAAAUUGAUCUCCACUUGGGACGUAAGAUUCAAGUACCUAAA